CACGUCACGCCUGACUGGUCACGGGUCCAAAGACGUCGGCACGGUUCUCGAGUGUUUUCCGCCUGACUGACAAUUAGGUCUACAUUAUAUAUCACAUACACAUCCUGUUAUCCUUAAAUACAUACUCUCCCAGUCGAAACUUAAAACCACUCCUGAUCUCAUCUCCAGAACGGACGUGUUUAUAAAUUUAAAUAGGACCAGGAACAGUAAAAUUGUUCUCCCGUGAUUCUGACUGGCGGCCCAUGACAGAAGCUGCUGUACGCUCGCGGCGUUCCGGGGACUGUCAUUCAGUCUAAAUUAUUGACUGUUACAGGUUUACAUCUGGCAUUGUAGCUGCUGACCAAGGGACAGGUUGAGGCUGUAGCAUGGAUGAUAACAACUGAUAUUGAUCCGGACAUCUAACGGUUGACCCUGACCGCGCUGCCAACCUUGACAAUGGCUAUCUGGCUCUCUGUGAUACUCCUGGUAGUAGUGGUCAGUUUGUUUAUCCAGUUCAUUGGGGGAGGGGACCCCACCAACUACCCCCCGGGCCCUUUCGCAUGGCCAUUGGUGGGAAACCUCUUCAGCAUUGUUGGAGGUAAUGGAUUUUACUCCAAGAUCCUAGGACUACGGAGUGGCCAUGGCGACAUAUUCCGUCUCCGACUCGGAGAAAUGUCCAUGAUUGUGGUGUUCGGGCUGCAGAAUGUACGUCAGGUUUUGGUGGAGAAAGGUGAAAUCUUCAAAAACCGACCGAAUUGGUUGUAUAUCCCAGCAAACGUCAUAAAAAACCGGGGGCUGUUCUGGACCAAUGGAAGUCUCUGGCACAAACUCUCAAGCCUGUUGAUCACAACACAAUCCAACGAAAGUAGACAGCACCACCUAGAAACAGAAGUCCUAACUGAACUUGCAGAGACAUUUAAGGAAAUAAAACUUGCCGAUGGGAGAAGUCUGGCACCUGAGAAUAUGCUGACAAGAUCUGUGUUUAACAUCACAUCAGCCAUUGCCCUUGGCAAGCGGUUUGACCACUCUGACCCUGAGUUCCAGAACUUGAAGGAGAACAUUCUCUUCCUACUUACAAACUGUAAAUCGGCAAGUCCAGUCAACAUGUUCCCAAUCCUCGCCAGACUGGCCAGCUCAAAGUUUGAGCAAGUAAAGAUGAGAGAAGAACAAAUUUUUGGUUUCUUCAAAACAAAGCUAUCAGAACACGCCGAGAGGUUAGACAGGAACAAGUGUUUGGACUAUAUGGAUGUAUUCUUGAGUCUGAGUGCAGAGGAACGCGGGCAGGCGGAAUACUCAGAGGCAAAUUUUUUCCGCAGUAUAAUAGACUUGUUCCUUGGUGGGGCGGACACAUCCACAUCAAUGUUGUUAUGGCAACUGGUUUAUAUGUCUAAGUACCAGGAUGUUCAGCGACAAUGUCAGGAAGAGAUAGGCAAGGUUGUAGGUCGAGACAGACAGGUCACUCUAGAUGACAGAGCUAAUCUGCCUUAUACUGAUGCCACAUUUAAGGAGCUUGGAAGAUCGGCAGGGACAAUUGUUAACACAGCAUUGCGCACAAACACAGAGGAGACCAUGAUUGGAGAAUUUCAAAUUCCAAAGGAUUCCAUAGUUAUCUGUGAUCUUCGCCAGUCUCAUAUUGACAAGGAGUUCUGGGAUGAGCCAGAAAAAUUUCAUCCAGACCGAUUUUUAGAACCAAUCAAAGACAAACCAUAUCAUCCUUUUGGAAUGGGUCCACGUCAGUGUGUAGCUAAGAUUGCAGCCGAAUCCAUGUUAUUCCUCUCCCUCUCAAAUAUGCUACAAACCUUCCACAUCAAUGCUACAGGGACCCCCGAGCAGAGCGACGUUUCUUUCGACAGUUUUUAUACAGGUGUGUCACUACGACCUAAACUAGCAAACUUCACUUUCUCACCAAGGAUAUAGAAUAAAAGUCAGAGAGACAAAGGUCAGAAAGACAAAUGUACAAAGGUCAGUGGAACAAAGGUCAGGACAAAGUUCAGUAGAACAAAGGUCAGGACAAAGGUCAAUGGAACAAAGGUCAGGAAAAAGGUCAACGGAACUAAGGUCAGGACAAAGGUCAAAGGGACAGAUGUGUAAAGGUCAGAUGGACCAAAGACAAUAUGAAGGUCAAGGGGACAAAGGUCAGAGAAACUUGCAAAGGUUAAUGGGACGAGGGACAGGACAAAAAGUCAAUGGGACAAAGGUCAAAGAAACAGAUGAUCAGAGGUCAAUCAGACAAAGGACAGCGGAUAAAAGUCGAUGGAACUAAGGUCAAAGGACAAUGCUCUGUAAACAAAAGACAAAAUAGGAUAUUGGAGCAGGACAGCUUGAAAUGAGACCCAAGACUAUGAAAACUUGUAUGUUGAAACUUUAAUCAGUGUUUGACUGGUUUUAAUUUUUAGCUCACCUGGUCCAUAGGACCAUGGUGAGCUUAUGCCAUAAUGCAGCGUCCGUCGUCCGUCCGUCCG